GUCGAAGAAGAAGCACUUCCGGUAGGAAUACCAACACAUGGGCUGAAACCUCUCCACGUAACGUUGUUUUUAAUUUAUAAAGAGCUUUUAUUAAACGACGCGUUCUGCCGCUUCUGGAGGUUCAGUCAUGACGCGGUGGGCGAGAGCCAACAACAUCCACAAACACAAGCCAGCAGAGGCCACUCCAUGGACGCAGCUGAGGGGAGCAGGAGGAGGUGGAGGAGGAGCAGGAGGAGCAGGAGGGGGAGGUGGUGGUGGUGGUAGUCCCCCAGGCAGCUCUAACUACGGCCCCCAGAGGGAUCGUCUGAGGGGGACCCAGCCCGGAGGAUCAGCUUUGAAGAAACCCAACCGGCCGAAGAAAGACUACAAGAGCGAAGACGUCAACGGCUUCCUGGAGUUCCUGCAGCAGAGCGGACGUCCGCUGCCUCGGGGGGUCGGAGGAGGAGGAGGAGGACUGGAGCUCCGGGAGGACCUGGAGACGGCGCUGAAGAAGGACCGAAGACGAGAAGACAGACGAGUGAAGAGGCAGGACAACAAGAAGAACAACAUGCUGUGUUUUAACUGCAGGAAGCCCGGCCACGGAUUGGCCGACUGUCCGGAGGCCGACGGCGACGAGGAGAUGGGCCGAGACAUCUGCUACCGCUGCGGCUCCACCGAACACGAAGUCCAGAAGUGUCGAGCCAAAGUGGACCCGGCUCUGGGCGAACACCCGUAUGCUAAGUGCUUCAUCUGCAGUAAAACUGGACAUCUGUCUCGAGGCUGCCCGGAUAAUCCCAAAGGCCUCUACGCUCAAGGAGGUGCCUGUCGUGUUUGUGGCUCAGUGGAACAUUUUCAGAAGGAUUGUCCUGAACAUCAGAAUGCAACGAACUCGGUGACGGUUCCCUGGUUGUCCAACAACAUGAGCGCGGACCACGAGGACGUCCACCUCCCGGUGAAGAAGACCAAACCCAAAGCAACCAAAGUGGUGACGUUCUGAUGCGUUUCUGUCUCUGGACUCGAACACGCGGACCGAAUACCGGUCUACGUGAUUUACAUUUUUACGUUCGGACUUCCUUUGUGGAUUCAAAAGGACUUUCCAUUAAGUUUUUCUUCUGUAUAUUGUUCUUUCUCCAGAGCUUAAACCCUCAAACUAUCGGAAUAAAACUAUAACUUCUAGAAUUUGACAUAAUCUGCAUAUCAUUUUAACAAUCUCUCUAAAAUAAAUAGCUAUAUUAUUAAAAUAAAACCGUUAUUAUCAGAUGAA